CAGUCUUCUGUUUAUUCUACUUAUACAUAUUUAUUCGAUAGCCUGAAGGAGCGAAUAGAACUUGAAAUAAAGAGACAAUUUGUUUUGUUAAUAAUUAGUGUCAUUCUCAUCGUCUCUGAAAGUGAUAAAUAAUGGCAGAAGAUAAGAUAGAAACAAAUCUGCAAGAAAAUCCCCGUGGUGCUUUAGAGCAGUAUAUUAAUGCUUUGCAAAGUGAAUUAAAAAUGACAAGAAAAGAGGCUCUAUUGAAUAUUAACAAAGAAAUAUUCGAGAACCCUGCGAAUAAAGAUUGUGACUUGACCAUUGUAUUCCCAGAAAUAUAUGCAUAUAUUCUGAAAAGUUUUUCCGAUGAGUCUGAAGCAUGUCGCGAAACCGCAGCAUUAAUCGUUUCUAACUUUAUAGAGCAUUUGCCUUUAAACGAUUAUUACUUAACUUACAUACUACCUGUAUUGGUACGACGAAUUGGUUGUCCGGAAAUAGUCGAAGAAUCUGAAGAGAUUCGUCUAGUUUUAAUUGUACUUGUUCAUAAAAUAUUAGACAAAUACAAAGUGUCUCACCUUCUGUGCCCAUUCAUUAAUGAUUUUACGAGUAUAUUGACUAAAACAAGUGCAGACCCAUUUCCUAAAGUAAAGCUUGAAGCAUGUGAAUGUAUAAUUUUAUUAACAAAUCUACUGCCAAGGGAUUUUCACUUCCAAUCGGAGAGUUAUGUGAAACCUGUUUUGACGAAUUUUUCUUACCAGCAUUUUAGGGUUCGGGUCGCAGCAAUUAAAGCUAUAGGAGCCAUUGUUCUAGCUGGCAAUGCUAAAUGUUUUGAGCUGUCGAUCACACCAAUGGCUGAGAAGCUGUUUGAUGAGAACACACAAGUUCGUCUUCAAGUAACUUUAGAAGUUGGUAACUGGAUGCUCAAUUAUAGGGAUAGAUACUCAUUCUGGCACCGUAUGAUACCACUGUUGCUGACCAGCUUAAGUGACGCUAUGGCUGAUGUCCGUGACACAGCUACUAAGCUCUGGACUGACAUAGGUCUUCAAUAUAUGGAAGAAAAUGAAGAAGACUUAAAGAAAAAAGCUGAUUUUCUUAAGGAUGUACCAUCCCACUAUCCUGAUUUGAAACGGCCAAACCUCGGAUGUAGGGUUUUAGUGCAGAGCAAUAUUGGAAAGAUUGUACCUGCUAUUAGCCGAGAAAUGGAUGGGUGGCAAGCGGACGCACGUCUCAGAUCGUCUCAGUUGCUGUGCUGGUUGCUGCUGUGCGCUGAAGAGGGCGCCACUCAACAUUCCAACACGAUUGUCCGCACACUGAUACGUGGCGCCAAUGACGAUGACCCCAGAAUCGUCACGGAGAUCAAGCGCGCAUCAGAACUGCUAGGCUACUUCAUCACCCCCGACACCUGGUGGCCGCUCGUGGAAGCCGAUGUGGACUCGUGGCCCGUGCUGCUUGUUAUCGCCAACAUACUGAAGGGUUCCCGUCCUGAACUCAUAACCGGGAAGGUGAUGGAGGAGCUGUGUAAAGAGAUUGCUGAUCCGGAGAGAUGUAGAAUAAGAAAAUCCAAAUACCAAACCAAUCUGCUCCACGUGACGGAAGCACUAAUGCAGCUAUGCGGCGAGGCGUGUGCUCCCGUGUUUCAUCAGCUGUUCAUGAUCUGUUUCACCAUGUACGCGAUGCCGGUCGACGACCACAUACAGUUUAUGGCGCUCUCAAACUUAGACAAGCUGCGGUACAUAGAGAAGUGCGGCAGUACACUGUCGAGCCUGUACGAGAGACACGUGGGCCGCGUGCUGGCAAGUAUCGACAGCGACCCGAACUCCUGGUCCCUGCUCACGCCGCACCGGUGUCUUCUCAGCUGUGUACUCCUACGAUCUGGGGCAGCAUUGGGCAACCAUCUGAACAUUAUUGGUCGUCUUCUCAAAGGGUGCCUGACACCACCGAAGGUGGAUUCUGAAGUCAAACUGAAGAUUUUCUCCGGUUUGUGCACCGUGCUUCUCCAACGAGAAAUCACCUUCAGCAAGUGUGAUGCGGAUGAACUGGAGACAUUCCUUAAAAUUAUUAUUAAAGACGUGAUAUUGUUGAACCUGGUGUGGUCUCCUGGGAGGACGGCGGAGGCUAUACGCACCGCUGCUGUCGCCUGCCUUUGCGCUGCCUUUCAACCCAACAGCAAAGUGGCUACAGGUGAUGCUGAGGCGAGUGGGGAUGGGCCAGAAGCAGAUGACGAUAAGGCAGUGAACCUUUUCCCAACGAAAGAAUCGCUGUCGCCGUUCGUGGACGAGUUGGUACCGUUGUUGGCGGCGCUGAUGGAUGACAACUCGGAACUGACGCGGCAGCAUACCCUGCGAGCAAUCGGCAACCUCGCAGCAAUCGCUGACCGUCGCGAAUGUUUCACUACUGAUGUGCUACACAAGUUGUACUUCGUGGUACUAAAGCGGCUGGAUGACAGCAGCUCUCCGGUGCGUGACGGCGCUGUGCGUACAGUUCGCGAGAUGUUCUCACGUCGCCCGCGCCCCUACGACGUAGUGUUGUACGGCGCGCACGUGGACGCACUCUAUAGCGCACUGCUCAUACAUCUCGAUGAUCCGGACCAACAGUUCCGCGACCAAGUGCUCGAAACACUAUUAGUACUCAGCGACGUGGACCCAAAGGUGUUGAUGAAGAAAGUUAAAGCAAAUAUACACCUCUACAGAAAUAAAGAUGCCUACGAGCGUCUGGCUAGUCACUUAGAGAAGAUGGUGUAAUAUGCUACAAUUAUUUGUAUCUCAUAAAUUUAAUAAAAAA